CUGGUCUCGGAUCGACCACGACGGACAAUCCCUUGCGUGUCCCUAUAAAUAUAACCUGUACCGUCUUUUACCGUCACACAAAACCCCACACAUCUUUCUUUCCCGAUCUCGAUUCCCACCUGGACAUUCAAUUCCAAGUCUGCACUUUCGAUCUUCUCAUCAGCUAGAUAAACAUGUCUGGACGUGGAAAGGGAGGCAAGGGCCUGGGAAAGGGAGGAGCCAAGCGUCAUCGCAAGGUCCUCCGUGAUAACAUUCAAGGUAUCACAAAGCCUGCAAUCCGCCGUCUUGCUCGGAGGGGUGGGGUCAAGCGUAUCAGUGGCUUGAUCUAUGAAGAGACUCGUGGCGUGCUCAAGAUCUUCCUGGAGAACGUUAUCAGAGAUGCCGUGACCUACACUGAGCAUGCUCGCCGCAAGACCGUUACUGCCAUGGAUGUGGUGUAUGCCCUCAAGAGGCAGGGAAGGACACUGUAUGGGUUCGGUGGUAUAAACAUGUCUGGACGUGGAAAGGGAGGCAAGGGCCUGGGAAAGGGAGGAGCCAAGCGUCAUCGCAAGGUCCUUCGUGAUAACAUUCAAGGUAUCACAAAGCCUGCGAUCCGCCGUCUUGCUCGGAGGGGUGGGGUCAAGCGUAUCAGUGGCUUGAUCUAUGAAGAGACUCGUGGCGUGCUCAAGAUCUUUCUGGAGAAUGUUAUCAGAGAUGCCGUGACCUACACUGAGCAUGCUCGCCGCAAGACCGUUACUGCCAUGGAUGUGGUGUAUGCCCUCAAGAGGCAGGGAAGGACUCUGUAUGGGUUCGGUGGUUAGGGCUUUUAGUUUUAAAAUAAAAGUCUUGCUGUCAAGAAAAGGGCUAAUCAGGUUAUUUUAGGUACUAUUUUGUAAGUAUAAGUGCGUGAUGGGUUAAUUUUGAUUUUUUUUUUUUUAAAUUUUGGAAUGGAAAUGGUUCUGUUUCGAGUUCAACUUUUGAUGGGCUCGUGUUUUUUA